GUGUCCGAGCACCCCCCGGGCGCCCCGGAGGAGGCCGAGGGCUCGGGGGCGGCCCCCGAGGAGGACGGGGGCGCGGCGGGGGGCGCGGAGGCGGGGGGCGCGGAGGAGCCCGAGGUCUAUUACUUCCUGGAGGAGAGCACGGGCUACAUGGGCCCGGCGCUGCGGGGGCUGGCGCUGGCACACACGCUGGUGGCCUUCCUGUGCAUCAUCGGCUACAACUGCCUCAAGGUGUCCGAGCACCCCCCGGGCGCCCCGGAGGAGGCCGAGGGCUCGGGGGCGGCCCCCGAGGAGGACGGGGGCGCGGCGGGGGGCGCGGAGGCGGGGGGCGCGGAGGAGCCCGAGGUCUAUUACUUCCUGGAGGAGAGCACGGGCUACAUGGGCCCGGCGCUGCGGGGGCUGGCGCUGGCACACACGCUGGUGGCCUUCCUGUGCAUCAUCGGCUACAACUGCCUCAAGGUGACAGCCGCCUGUCCCCGGAGCCGCCUGGGGUGGUCAGACACCUCAUGGGUCUGGGGUCUCCCCUGGGGGGCUCCCCACCCCUCUUGGGGGUAUCCCCACCCGCUGACCCCCCCCUUUUUUCCCCCCAGGAUCACAUCCAUCGACAUCCGCUACCAGAUCUGGAAAUUCGGGGUGAUUUUCACCGAUAACUCCUUCCUGUACCUCACCUGGUACAUGGCCAUGUCCCUGCUGGGCCACUACAACAACUUCUUCUUCGCCUCGCACCUGCUGGACAUCGCCAUGGGCGUCAAGACGCUGCGCACCAUCCUCUCCUCCGUCACCCACAACGGCAAGCAGCUGGUGAUGACGGUGGGGCUGCUGGCCGUGGUGGUCUACCUGUACACCGUGGUGGCCUUCAACUUCUUCCGCAAGUUCUACAACAAGAGCGAGGAUGAGGAUGAGCCCGACAUGAAGUGUGACGACAUGAUGACGUGUUACCUGUUCCACAUGUACGUGGGGGUCCGGGCCGGGGGCGGCAUCGGGGACGAGAUCGAGGACCCUGCGGGGGACGACUACGAGCUGUACCGGGUGGUCUUCGACAUCACCUUCUUCUUCUUCGUCAUCGUCAUCCUCCUGGCCAUCAUCCAGGGUGGGCACCCCAUGUGGGGGGGCUGGCAGGGGGUGGGGAGGGGAAAAGCGGGGGAAGCGUGA